CCGCUCUCCCAUCUUUCCCCUCGCCCUCUCCUUUUUCUUCUAAGCGCUACGAUGGCGGCUGCCCCCGCCUCUUCCUCCAUGAUAUCCUUAUCUUCCCCCAAACCCUCACAUUCCUCCUCCAAAUCUCCCUUACCCAUUUCUCGACUCGCCCCUCCCUUUCCUCUGAAUCACCAUAAACGCACCACCUGCCGCGGCCGCCGCCAUCCCCGCUCCAUCUCCUGCUCCGCCGCCAACGUCUCCGCCGUUGCACCACCUUCUCCGGAGAAACCUGCGGUUACCCAUGAUUUCGUCUCCCGAUUCGGCCCCGAUGAGCCCCGUAAAGGAGCCGACAUCCUCGUCGAAGCCCUCGAGCGGCAAGGCGUCGACACCGUCUUCGCCUACCCAGGUGGUGCGUCAAUGGAGAUCCACCAGGCGCUCACGCGAUCCGCCACCAUCCGCAACGUCCUCCCGCGUCACGAGCAGGGUGGCGUCUUCGCCGCCGAGGGCUACGCUCGCUCCUCCGGGAGACCCGGCGUCUGCAUUGCCACCUCCGGCCCCGGAGCCACCAACCUCGUCAGCGGUCUCGCCGAUGCUUUGCUUGACAGUGUCCCUCUCGUCGCCAUCACAGGUCAAGUCCCUCGCCGCAUGAUAGGUACAGACGCGUUCCAGGAGACGCCGAUCGUAGAGGUAACGCGUUCGAUCACGAAGCAUAACUAUCUCGUGAUGGACGUAGAUGAUAUCCCUAGGGUUAUUGAAGAAGCCUUCUUUUUAGCUACCAGUGGUCGACCCGGACCAGUUUUGGUUGAUGUUCCGAAAGAUAUUCAGCAACAGCUUGGGAUUCCCAAUUGGGAACAGCCCAUGAGAUUGCCCGGUUACUUGUCUAGAAUGCCUAAACCACCGGAAGAAGCUCAUUUGGAGCAAAUCGUUAGGUUGAUUUCUGAAUCUAAGAAACCGGUGUUGUACGUUGGGGGUGGCUGUUUAAACUCGAGCCAUGAAUUGAAUAGAUUUGUCGAACUUACUGGAAUCCCGGUUGCAAGUACAUUGAUGGGACUCGGAUCUUACCCGUGUAAUGGCGAUCUGUCCCUGCAAAUGCUUGGAAUGCACGGAACCGUGUAUGCAAACUAUGCUGUGGAUAAAAGUGAUCUGUUGCUUGCCUUCGGGGUUAGGUUUGAUGAUCGUGUCACAGGUAAACUCGAGGCAUUUGCUAGUCGGGCUAAGAUAGUUCACAUAGAUAUUGAUUCGGCUGAGAUUGGGAAGAACAAGACUCCUCAUGUCUCGGUAUGUGGGGAUGUGCAAUUGGCACUGGAAGGGAUGAACAAGAUUCUCGAGAACCGACCAGAUGAGCUUGAUUUUGCCCUCUGGAGGAACGAGCUGAACGAACAAAAGGAGAAGUUCCCAUUGAGCUUCAAGACAUUCGGAGAGGCCAUUCCUCCUCAGUACGCGAUUCAAAUCCUCGAUGAGCUAACCAAUGGAAAUGCCAUUAUAAGCACUGGAGUCGGCCAACACCAGAUGUGGGCAGCACAGUUCUACAAGUACAGGAAACCCCGGCAAUGGCUGACAUCAGGAGGCCUCGGGGCCAUGGGUUUUGGACUUCCGGCUGCUAUCGGAGCUGCAGUUGCAAACCCGGAAGCUAUUGUCGUGGAUAUCGAUGGAGACGGGAGCUUCAUAAUGAAUGUUCAGGAGCUGGCCACGAUCCGGGUAGAGAACCUUCCAGUAAAGGUACUUUUACUGAACAACCAGCAUCUGGGUAUGGUUGUUCAGUGGGAAGAUAGGUUUUACAAGGCCAACCGAGCGCACACAUAUCUUGGGAACCCGGCAAAGGAGACAGAGAUAUUCCCGGACAUGUUGAAGUUUGCAGAAGCGUGUGAGAUUCCGGCGGCCAGGGUUUACAGGAAAGAAGAACUCCGAGGCGCUAUCCAGACGAUGUUGGAUACACCCGGGCCGUAUUUGUUAGACGUGAUAGUUCCGCAUCAAGAACACGUGCUACCGAUGAUCCCGAGCGGCGGCGCUUUCAAAGAUGUCAUAACAGAGGGAGAUGGUCGGACAAAGUACUGAAGGUAAACUUGUUGGCAGUUUUUUCAGGUUUUGGUAGUUUGGUUUCUUGCUGUGUUGAACUGUGUUUGUUUCAUCAGACUGCUUCUGUUUGUUUCCUUAUUUGCAAACCGGUUCGGUUUAGCAGUAAAAUUAAGUUAUGGGUUGAUUCGGUUUGGUAGUAACGCCACUAGAUCUCGUUUGUAUUGUAUAAACUUUGGUUUGGUUUGGUU